AUGUUGAUCUCUGAUGUCCUAUUUAGUCAGGCUUUAAGAAAGUAUCCGCAGUUUUGGGGUCUAAACAACAAAUAUGUAAAUUGGCAAAAAGAUGGGAAGAUAUUAGCUGACGAGUUAACUGUCACAACAAACACGACAAUAACGGUAGAAAAUGUCUGUUUAAAAUAUAAGAGAAUUAGGGAAAGUCUCAUGCGCCUUAACAAAAAUCCUAAGGGAAGGCGACGCACGAGACUGGUCGCGUACUUGUGGUACGCGAUCGAGUUAGGUUUGCAGCAUGCUGCUAAUAGAAUUUCGAACGACAUACUAGAAUACAAGGUAGAACCAAGCGAAAUUUCUGAGCCAAUCAUGAUGAUUGAACCAGAAAUUUCUGAGCCAAUCGAAAUGAUUGACAACAUUUCUGAAAAUGAGACAGAACAAAUAAACAAACGUACAAACGUACAGACUAACGUACAAAUGGACGUACAGACGGGCGAACAAAUGAAUAUACAGACGGAGGAACGGACAGAUCAGGACACUCAGAGAUCAACAUUAGCCGUAAGAAGCCCCAAUAGGCGUAGAUAUAAUAUCAGAAACCGUUCACCGAUAUACGACGAGGGACCAAGCACAUCGGCGGAAGCAGCGCGAAGAGAAAAGAUGAGACGCCUUGCUCCCGCUGCAGACCAAAAUGAAGGACAGGAUGUGCAAGAAGCUGACAACACAGCGAACGUGGAGACGCAGACGGUGAAUAGUGAAAUUGUUGAACCAGCUGCAGACCGGGAACUGAAAUUCACAGUGGAUAUCGAGGCACUGCGGGAGGUCGUAGGGAGGUUAAGUCCUCACGACAAAGUUGUUCAGCUACACUUCGACGAAGUGUACACAAACGGCAAGAUGAGAUAUUUUCGGACCGAGGAUAUAUUGUACGGUUGCGGCUACAACAACUGCGGAAAAAUUACAACAACGGAAGAGUACCGCACAGUACUCUUCUUCGCUGUACGUAGCCUGCUGACAAGCUUCAAUAUAUUGAUCAGCGCCACUCCCAUAACCAACUAUAAUGGAGCUCCAGACGAACUGGACAGAUGCUUAGGUAUCGUAGAGGAGGCCGGCCUGGACGUUAAAGCAGUAGUCUGCGACAGGAGCAACCCAAACCUGCACACAUUGGGAAAGUUUCGAAACGGAACUUAUAAACGAAAGCGAGCGGACGGCACCAUUUAUAUAAUAUACUAUCUGACCGACUACGUACACCUAAUAUGCAGCAUUUACUGGCUGAUGACAAACAGCAAACUGUUCGACACUUCCGUCAUCACUAGGGCGCAUGCGAGAAAACUCAGCACUUCAAAUCACUUGAAGAGAAGAGGUGCAUGCUUAAUCAACACUUCUGGACAAAAUGUAAAAAACUGUAUGCAGCUAUUCACUCCCGCAACAGUGGCAAACUUAAACGUCGCUGUGCGGAGAAAAAUUAUCCAUAAAGAACAAGACUUACGCACUUGCAAAGUUAUCGCUUCUCUGACUGAAUUCUGCGAAGUCAUACACACAGGCGAAAUAUGCAGCGCCCAAUGGGAAGGGCAGAAGGCGGUGCUGACAAAAGUGAAAACCUGUAUAAAUGCUAACUUCGAAACAGAAAAGACAACUAAAUCCACCUUGCAAACCAUCGACAAAUUCAUGGAAAUAAUGGAUGGCCUGCUGGAGGCUUACCCUGGCAUAACCAUACACGCCUACAGGGUAAGCCAAGACCUUUUGGAGAGAUUUUUCUGUAAGAUGGCGCCAAGCAGGAGAACUAAAACAAGACACGUGGAAAAUAUAAUGAAGCUGGGCACCCGCCUAAUGAAACAACAACUAGAAUUUUGGGGAGACGGAUCCACCAUUGAUGACGAUUACGAGCUCAUUGAAAAGCUGGAUUACACGACACCAGCCCAGGCCGAGGAUGAGUUCAUGCCUUACGAUUUGAAUGGGGUACCGUUCAAAGUAACUGCCAAUCGUCUGACCGUUAACGAGGCGGAAUACUUUAGGCUGCUCACAGGCUAUGGAAUAGCCCAAUACAUCCGUGAGCAGCUAAACUGCCAAGCAUGCCUAAGCGACCUAACGCUAACGAGAGAAGAAGCAUGCUCCGAAACCGAUGGCAUGCUAGUCGCCAAAAUACAGGAACACGACAAAAUCCUGGCUAACAAGCAUCUGGAAGCCGAAUUUCCGAGGCUUGAUGUACUCAAUGUUUUCUUGGAAGCCUUGGGCAUCUAUUUGGGAAUUAUGAAGUUCCACAUGGUUGAACGCAACAUCGGCAAGCGCACCCAAGCGACAAUUCUAAAGCAACUUGACUUUUUCAAGAAAAAAGGCUCCUGCCCCAAUGGAAGAAGUCACCGGACUAACCUCCUAGGCUUCAUCAUACAUUUGCUGCUGAUUGACAAAAACUGGAUCCAAGAACCAGUUGCAAAUGUAUCAUCAUUUUGAAGUCGUGCUCGUCCGCUCGCAAAGUCAAAUCCAGCUAUCCCGUCGCCGCCUCAUAUAAAUGAAGAUUCGCUACAUGCUAAAGAUUCAAAAGCAAGCAUACACCUCCACUCGUCGUUUCAGCAUAAUAGGAUACUUCCGUAAGCCAAUU